UUAUUGGUUUUGAGGGUGAGAUUGAGAAAUGGGGAUAGAUUCCCAUUCCUUCCUCUUUUAGGGUUUCUUCUUUCUUCCAGCCAUUUUCACACUAUAAUUUUCUCAUUCUUCUUCUUCUUCUUCUUCACUCUCCACUCUUCUAUGAUUCUCUAUAAAACCCCUUGGUGUGUUUCUCAUUUCUCUCUUUAUUUUUUCUGCACAAACCCCCCAUAUUUUUCCUUUACUACCUCAAAAAUCAUUCCAUAAUUUUCUGAUUUUUCUCAAUUAACCCUUUCAAGGAUAAAUUUGGAAAGAACGACAUGGUUCGUGGGAAAGUAGAAAUGAAACGAAUUGAAAAUUCGACGAGUCGUCAAGUGACAUUCUCAAAGAGAAGAAAUGGACUUUUGAAGAAAGCUUAUGAAUUAUCCGUUCUUUGUGAUGCUGAAGUUUCUGUCAUCAUUUUCUCCCAGAAAGGAAGACUCUAUGAAUUCUCAAGCUCCGACAUGCAAAAGACAAUCGAACGCUAUCGAAAGCAUGGGAAAGACGGACAAAGCAACCCUUUUCGAUCAGAAGGAUAUAUGCAGCAACUGAAGCAAGAAGCUGAGAUGACUGCAAAGAAAAUCGAACAACUUGAGAAAUCCCAACAGAAGCUUUUAGGACGUGGGUUGGAUUCUUGUUCUUUUGAGGAAAUUCGAGAGAUUGAAAGACAAUUGGUACUUAGCUUAACUCGUAUCAGAGAAACUAAGGCUCAGCUAUUCAAGGAGCAAAAAGAGAAGCUGAUUGAAAAGGGAAAGCUUCUUUUAGAAGAAAAUCUGAAGUUAUCUGCAAAGUGUGGUACUAAGCCAUGGCAAGAAGAAGGUGUUGAAGGAGAUGGAGGCAUAAAUAUGAUGAGUAAUUUAUGCAGCCAAAGUACUAAUAGCCAAGCUUCUGAUCAUCACAUGCAGACUGAUUUGUUCAUUGGAUUGUCUUGCUCAUAAUAUAAUGAACUGAAGAAGCUAUGGCUAUAUAUAUGUUCAUCAAAAAGUAUUAACAAAUUACUAAUUAAGCACACACGAUUUGCAAACAUGCAUUUUUAAGCUUUGCUUUUUAAUUUAACCAUUAGCUGUAUGUAAAAUUAUUAUUCAAUACAAUGAAAUAAGAAAGAAGGAAAUAUGAUGUAGGAAUUGUGUGUACUAAUAAUAUCUCUCAUUUGUGUA